AAACACUUUAAUGUACAUAUGUAUCCACAUCUCGACUUGAUUUCAAUUUGUUUAUUCGUGAUUCAAUCAACAUUCUAUUAUCGGAUCGGUCAAAAAUUUUCACACGCCAUUCAGAAUUUAACAGGAUUAGAUGAUUGGAUAAUAUAAUAUCUCAAGUCAAAUCUAUAUAAACUGAAUCUCAAUCAGUUCGAGCCUCAGUAUCAAAAUUAAAAUGCUACCUAUAAAAUUCUUUCUGUUCCUUGUGCUUUUGAUCAUCCAUAACACGUGCGGCCUUAUAGAUUAUCCUAACUAUGAUAGUCAUUCGCCAGUCCUAAGAAAUAUCCGUUCGGGUGUAGAUACAUCCAAGCAGUCGAUUUCUUUCACGGAUUUGAAUGUCAAGGAAUCAUCAGAUGACGCAAAAACUUAUGAUAAUAACCCUAUGAACCCAUUUUUUAUAAGUCUUAGUGUACCCGUACUAAAAACGCUCGCUAAAAAGAAACCAUAGGUUAACAUAACUAAUACUUGCUAUGUAAAAUUAAGAACUUCUAUACAUUUUUUUUACCAA